AUGCUUUUAUGUGAUACUUCUAGUCUCCUUAGUUAGAUGUUUGAAUAAUCAUAAUUAUUUAACUUUUUUGAAAGAGCUCCUAAAUUAUUAGUGAAAUCUACUAUUUAUUUAUUUUCAUAUUUUUAUAUGUCUAAUUAAUAAGAGAGUUCAUUUGCCUAUCCCAUCAGGCUGUUGAGGAUUAUGAGAGUAUACAACUAUUUUCUUUUCGAACUGCUUCAGUUGGAUGAGUUGAGGCUUUGUGUUUCUAUCAAACCAAGGGUUCUGUCAACAACUCUCAUUUAUUCUUAUCAAAAAACUAAAAUUAAUCACUUGCAAUCAGUAAAUAAUAUUAAUUAUAAAUUUUCACUAAGAAUUUUAUCAUCCAAUUACAUUUAUCCAAAUUUACUGUCCUAAAUUAAGGAGAAUUUGUCACUACAAUAGAAUAUUCCUUUUAUAAUUUACCUUUUAUAAUUCUUUGUCCAUGCUAAUGAAAUCUAAUUAAGCAAUGCUCAAAUUCUGAUAGGAUUACUUCUUAAUUGUUUGUGUGAUUAUUAUUAUAUAAUUCGUUUUAAAUUAAUAAUCCACUGUAAAUUCUUAUAAAGUAUCCUCAACUAUUACUCAAUGAUAUCAUUACCCAAUAUUUUAAUAUCUAAAUCAUUCAAUUUAUUAUCUACAUAUAUCUUUAAAAGUUUCCAUGUCGGCUUAUGCAAGAUAUUAUUGAGAUUGUUCAUUUAGGAUUCAAAGAACACAGCUGAGCCUGGAAUUAUGGAAUGA